ACCUCCUGCUUCUCCCUCGCUCUGUUCUCUCUCUCGCUCUCUCCCGCUGCUGUCAUGGAAAAGCAGCUGCCUGAGAGGCAGGGAAUUGGAAAGCCUGCCUUCUGCCUGAAGCAGCCCCCGGCUCUGAGGUGAGCGCAGAAAACCCCCGAAGUGCGUCUCUCUGCUCUCACUCGCUGCCCUGCCUGCAGAGCGCAGCUCUGCCGGCACACUUCCUGAGACUGCAUAUUUGCUCGUUUUCUUUUAAACUUCUGUACACUUUCUAGUUGUUGUUUUUUCGGAGUUGGGGGGGACUUUUGGUGCGAAUCCUGCUCUCUCUCCCUCUCCGCACUGCGAUGGCUGAAGCCGUCAGGAUUGCGCAGGGACGUGAAACCUGAGUCGCCUCUGUUUCUCGUUUGGAUCAGGCGGUCCUGACCCGGCGUACUGCUGACUUAUCGGUUUGGCUGUUUCGUGUUUCCUUUAUUUUGUUUUCCCCGAGUCCAGGGCUGGCGUCUCGAAAGCGGCUUUCUUGUGCAGUAACCAGAGGAUUUGCUUGCGACUCCUGCGCCUGAGAAAUCGGAUCAGAUGCUUUUGGCUGAGUUUAUCUGUCUAUGUAUAUAUAAAGUCCUAGGUUGUGUGUGCCCUCUAACUGCUCACUUUCCCUUGAAGGUCUGCAGCACGCAUAACUGGAUCAGCUGAAUAUCUCAAAGACCCGAAAGAAAUGCACUGGAAUUUCUGUUGAAACUUUUCUUCGAACCCUGGAUCUCUCGAGCACUGUGGCAUCCAGACUUUUCCCCCGCAGCUGGCCAACCUGCCUGGAGACAGUUUACAUUUGAGUGCUGCUUCUGUGCAAAUAAUGCCUUGGAUCAGCGUGUAGCUCCGCCACUCUCAGUCAGCGGAGCUCUGCAGCCAAUUUUUAAUUCUUAUCUCAACGCUUUCCAGCCGUUUGCCAAGCCGGGAACAACUGCGAGAUGUUAUCUACAAAUCCCUGGAUUUAUACUGACACAAGGAUCAGACACGGGGAGCGGUAACUCGCCUAUUUGAGCGCACAGAAAGAUUGAUAGUCCACUUGACAGCUGUAGAUAGCGGGGAGGGAGGGCCCUCCGCGCAGAAACGAAAACAGAAGUGGCCGGUGAGAAAACUUUCUGCACAGAUGCGGCUCCAGAUUGCCCCUUGGCGGUUGUGUCCGCUGGCUGCCUGAGGCACUCCAAGGCUUGGCGUGACGUCUCGGCCCAGCCCGGCGCUCCGGAUUCUGCUGCUUCGCUCGGAGAGCCGCCGGAAACCUUGGAGCGGGGAGAGGUCGAGGCCGGCGGUCACUGCGGCGCGCAGAACCCCGGGUCGUUCACCGGCCGACCAGCAGGCCUGACCUGCGCCAGGCCCGCGCCGCGAGCGAAGCACGUCCACAGGGCAGAUGGGUCAGCUGGAAAAGCCAAGAGCCCGUAACUGAAGGAAAAGACAGCGAGAACCGCCACAGGAGCAGCAUCCCGGGGUGAGACUGAAACUGUGGCCUGGGCUGCUUCCUCUCCUACCUGGGCUUAUCGCUUGACUGGCGACUUCCAGCGAUUGACUUAGGGGGUCACCCGAGCCAGCCGGCGAUGAGGGCCUGCGGCGGCUGGCGGACCGGGGGUCGGCUCCUGCUCCCGCCCCUGCUGGUGCUGCUGCUGCUCGGCUGCCGGUCGGACGCGGUCCAGUCCAAGUCGGCCUGCCACCGAGAGGCCAAGAGCGAUGCCCGCGGCUCCUCCCGGGAGGUGACCCUGGCGGUCAUCUUGCCGCGGAACAACACGGCCUACCCCUGGGCCUGGCCCCGCGUGGGGCCCGCCCUCCACCUGGCCCUGCGGCGCAUCAGCAGGGACCCCCACCUGCUGCCCGGCUACCAGGUGCGCUACUUCAUGGAGAACAGCGAGGACGACGGGGGCAACUGCUCCGACUACAUCGCCCCGCUCAUGGCCGUGGACCUGCAGUUCGCCCAUCACCCCUGGGCCUUCGUGGGCCCCGGCUGCCACUACGCGGCGGCCCCCGUGGGUCGCUUCGUCUCGCACUGGGGCGUCCCCAUGGUGACGGCGGGGGCGGCGGCCUACGGCUUCUUCAACGAAAAGAGCACCUACUCGCUGAUGACCAACACGGGCCCCACCCACAAGAAGCUGGGGGAGUGCACCUGCCACAUCCAGGAGCACUUCAAGUGGACGAACCGCGCCAUGCUGAUCUACUCCGACGAGAAGAUGGACGACCGGCCCUGCUACUUCGCCAUCGAGGGCUUGUACACCGAGCUGGACAAGGUCAACAUCACCACCGAGGAGUUCGUUUUCGCGGAGAGCAAGAGCCCUCUCGACUACGAGGCCAUCAUCCAGGAGAUCAGGAUGAAGGGGCGCAUCAUCUACGUGUGCUGCUCCCAGGACACCUUCCGGCAGCUGAUGAUCCGCUUCCGGAGGGCCAGCAUGCCCCUGGAGGAGUACGUGUUCUUCUACAUCGACAUCUUCGGGACCAGCCUGAGCUCCCGCGAGCCCAAGCCCUGGUUCCGAGGAGACCCCGACGACGCCGUCGCCAAGGAGGCUUUCCAGUCUGUGAUCAUCAUCACCUACACUGAGCCGCAGAACCCCGAGUACAAGGAGUUCCUGCAGGAGCUGAAGGUGGAGGCCAAGAGAAACUUCAGCUUCAACAUCGAAGACACGCUGACGAACCUGAUCGCUGGGAGCUUCCACGAUGGAGUGAUGCUGUACAGCCUGGCGCUGAACGAGUCGCUGGCUGAAGGAGAGAUCCCUCCCAAGGGGGAGACAGUCACCAAGAAGAUGUGGAACCGCACUUACUAUGGAGUGACAGGACCGAUACGGAUCGAUGAGCAUGGCGACCGGGAGAUUGAUUUCUCCCUCUGGGACAUGACCGACAACAACACUGGCACCUUCCAGGUGGUGUUCGUGUACAAUGGCACGGAGAAGAACAUCAGCCAGGUGCCAGGGGUGAGAUUCCAGUGGCCGGGGGACGGCAGCCCGCCCCGCGACAUCCCGCUCUGCGGCUUCAAGAACGACGAGUGCCACUCAGGAGUCCUGCCGAUGCUCCAGGUGAUGACCAUCUUGAUCGGCUUCUUCCUCUUCUUCAGCACUAUCAUCGCAGUCUUCAUAUACAGGAAGCUGAAGCUGGAGAAUGAGCUGGCAGCAGAGCUGUGGAGGAUCCACUGGGAGGACAUUCAGAUCAGUAACAUGGAGAAGACUCUGCGCAGCGCAGGCAGCAAGCUCACCCUGUCCCUGAGGGGGUCGAACUAUGGGUCUCUCCUGACUACAGAGGGCAACUUCCAGAUCUUCGCAAAGACUGGCUGCUACAAGGGGAACAUUGUGGCCAUUAAAUACAUCAACAGGAAACGCAUCGAGCUGACCAGGAAGGUGCUGUUUGAACUGAAGCAUAUGCAAGAUGUCCAGAACGAGCACCUGACCCGCUUCAUCGGCGCCUGUAUUGACCCACCCAACAUCUGCAUCAUCACCGAAUACUGCCCCCGGGGCAGCCUGCAGGACAUCAUGGAGAACGAGAGCAUCAACCUGGACUGGAUCUUCCGGUACUCCCUCAUCAACGACAUCGUCAAGGGCAUGGAGUUCCUGCACAACAGCGUCAUCGUGUCCCACGGCAACCUCAAGUCCUCCAACUGCGUGGUGGACAGCCGCUUCGUGCUGAAGAUCACCGACUACGGCCUGGCCAGCUUCCGCAGCGAGGCGGAGUGCGACGACGCGCACUCCUUCUACGCCCGGAAGCUGUGGAGCGCCCCGGAGCUGCUGCGGGCCGAGGGCCCCCUCCCCAGCGGGACGCAGAAGGGCGACGUCUACAGCUUCGGCAUCAUCCUGCAGGAGAUCGCGCUGCGCCGGGGGGCUUUCUACCUGGAGGGGGAGCUACUGAGCCCCAAAGAGAUCAUCGACCGCGUGACCUUGGGCGAGUGGCCAUACCUGCGCCCCACAGUGAACCCGCAGUGCCACAGCGAGGAGCUGGGCCAGCUGAUGCAGCGCUGCUGGGCCGAGGACACGGUGGAGCGCCCCGAGUUCCACCAGAUCAAGAUCCUGCUGCGCAAGUUCAACAGGGACAGCAGGACCAACAUCCUGGACAAUCUGCUGUCGCGGAUGGAGCAGUACGCCAACAACCUGGAGGAGCUGGUGGAGGAGCGCACCCAGGCCUACCUGGAGGAGAAGCGCAAGGCGGAAGCCCUGCUCUACCAGAUCCUGCCCCACUCAGUGGCGGAGCAGCUGAAAAGAGGGGAGACAGUGCAGGCUGAAGCCUUCGACUCCGUCACCAUCUACUUCAGCGACAUUGUGGGCUUCACCGCCCUGUCUGCCGAGAGCACCCCCAUGCAGGUCGUGACUCUGCUCAAUGACCUCUACACCUGCUUCGACGCCAUCAUUGACAACUUCGACGUGUACAAGGUGGAGACGAUCGGUGACGCCUACAUGGUGGUGUCGGGGCUGCCCGUGCGGAACGGCAAGCUGCACGCCCGGGAGAUCGCCCGCAUGUCGCUGGCGCUGCUGGAGGCCGUGCGCUCCUUCAGGAUCCGGCACCGACCCGACCAGCAGCUCAAACUGAGGAUCGGCAUCCACAGCGGUGAGGGCCAGCGUGCUGGACACAUGGCUCUGUCACAGUAACUGGCUCUAGGGGU